UAUGCGCCUGAUGCGGUACGAGUAGCCGAGGUUUUGCGAAUUCCCCAAAUAAUGGAUUUGUCUGUGUAUUCGGAUCUUCGUAUGCAAAAGGCUUAUGAGCUGCUAGUUGAAGACAUCAAGAAGCUUUUUCUCAAACACACGCAUCCUGUCGUCCUUAACAAUGCCUCUUCAACCUUUCAAUAUAUGAGGCAGUAUAAAACAUUUGCUUCUGUGGUAGAGACCUGCCUUGGAGAAUUGCAAGAGGAAGUGACAAAGAUUUUCCUCGAUGAAUGUGGAAAAUAUGACUUGUUGGAAAUGGAUCUAUCCAGCGAUCAAGUUCAUUCUCUAAGUGUCGCUCUCAGUCGUUUAGAACAAUUAAUUACCGUUGUUAAUGUGGUCGAGGAAAACAAUGAGAAUCAAAGUGAGGUUUAUAAGUUUAUUAUCAAGUUGGUUGAAAGAGGUUCAUUGGGUAAUUCUGACGAAGAGAAGAUGGUCACAUCAGCAAUAAACUUUCUUUGGUAUUACCUAUUGUGGAAAGUAGAGAAUAUUUCUUCGAAAGAACAUGCUAAGGAUGUGACAUCUGAUUUCUUGGACGAAUUUAUCGUAAAGAGAGAUCAAAUAGUCAAAAUAUUACUUGAAGUUGGCGUUGAUAUGUCAUCGAAAUCACUAAGCGAUGUUAAAUUAGCAGCAUUUCGCGCUUUGGGAAAUAUAUAUUGGCUUUUCUCAA